AUGGGCCAGCACAUGGAGGACUUCGGCCGCGCCCUCGCGGAGAACUGCCGCCGUGACGCGGGCGCCGGCGCGGGCGCUGGCCCGGGGUGCGUGGGCACGGGCUGGAACCUGAGCGCGGCCGAGGUGCUGCGCUUCCCGCGGUCGGCGGGGUCCGCCGCCGAGAUCGACGGCGCGGGCUUCGACUUCGUGGUGUCGGCGGAGAGGCCCUUCGGGCCCUUCGAGACCAGGUCCCGCCCGCCGACGUUCCUGCUGGUGGUGGAGCCGAGGCCCCCGCACGAGCACGUGGGGUGGACGGCAACCCUCCGGCCCUCCAAGUCGCCCAGCUCGAGGGUGGUGAGCGGCCGGGGGAGGGCGGACAAGGUCGUCGUCGGCCGCCGCCAGGGCUCGGCAGCGGUGUCCUGGACGGGCAGGAUGAGACUGGAGACGGGCGUGUCCGCCGAGGCCGAGGUCCGGGUGUCCGUGGUCGACUCGCGGGUGGAGCACCUUCAGGAGAUCCACAAGCAAAGGCAGUGCAGCUUUGAAAAGAGCUGGGAGGCCUUCAGCAUGAGAAAGGGAGGCGAGCACCUCGUGGUUCUGCAACGGACGAGGUAUGCAGUCGCAUCGUUUUUGCUGUUCUCGAUCUGCUUGAUGGCAACGGUUCUACAUCGUCUGUGCUCGCGGCGGCACAGCGGCAGCUUGCUGAAGCGUGCGAUCAUGCUCAAGUUUGUGGCGCAGGAUUUUCCCCAGCAGAUCUGCAUCGUGGCUUAUCUGUACAGCUGGUAUGCAAAAAACGGGCUCCGCUGCCAGAUGUGCUUGUUCAAUCCGCUGCACUGCGAGACACAGCAGCCCCUGCACUGGUCAAACUUCUUGUUGUGUCUGGUCACGGCGCUGAGCGCGGUCUCGAAUCAGCUGCUCAUCCAGGCAAAGGUGUUCCAGGAUAUUCUGGACGAUUGUUUCGUCAUAGUGUUCCGAGUCGCACUUCUCAGCUUCAGCGUGCUGCCUUUCUCGACGGCGGUCUACCUGUCCCCACUUUGCUUCCACUACGACCACAUGCUUGUGCUGCUCCUGUCGGCCGUCCUCCCGUUUGUGCUCGGCUGGAUGACUGUCUGUUGCGGUUGGAUGUUCGUCGUGUUCAGGGACGAGUUGGAUUUGUGA